UCUAGGAGCUCUUUACAUAUAUUUCACCAACUCUCCCUCACCGACUUUCACGUCUACUCUGUUCGUGACUCACUCAUUUCAUUUCAACUCCAUAUGUUCAGACUAUCAUUGAGGUUGAGGGCUCUCUCCAGACACUUUACACCUAGCUGUGCACUUCUUAUUGAGAAGACUCGCCCUCUCUAAACCUCAUCCAUUACACCGUUCUCGAGAUAUUUCUCUAGCCGCAAGCCGGCACAAUGUCCGCCAACAAUGAUAGCACUAUGUCCAGAUUCCUAUUUGCGAUUCUGAAGCAGAAGAAUCUCAAGGAUAUAAAUUGGGAGGCGGUUGCUAAAGAUGAAGUUCUGGAAAAGCCAAUCACCAAUGGCCAUGCCGCUCGAAUGAGGUUUUCGCGUUUCCGAAAUGCUAUACAAGGCAAUGAACCCGCCAAACGAAAUCGAACGGGGCAAAACAAAAAUCGAGUAAACAAGUCAAAGAAAGAUCCGAAGGAGAAGAAGGAUGUACGUGUCAAAUUGGAGGGCGCCUUGCAGUUCCUCCCAGACUCAUCGGCCACACCAGAGCCGUCUGAGACGCCCGCUCCCGAGAUCAAACAGGAGAGGGUUCCCUACAACUUGGGAGACCGCUUCACUCCGCGUCUCACCCCGGGGCCAUCUAGCGCAAUGCUAGCUGCUUCAGUAUUACAGAGCAAUCAUGGUGUGAUUCAACCUAGAUUCCUUACGCCGUGCAGUGAUACAGACUUUUUCUCUCCAUCUCCGGCCCUCACAUCCAGCCCCACGGGCGAUAUGAUUGCUUCUCCAGCUUCAUUCAGUUUCCGCGACUCGCCAUGUCCUGAACGCCCUGAUCCGAUGUGGUCGAGUGUCCCGCAUUAUUCUGCCUACGGAGCUGGUGCCUCUUUUGAGGACUUUAGAUCUAGUCCUUGCGAGGGACCCUACGCGCACUCUCAUUCACAACCCCCCCAGGGACAUCAUCCAUACCGGACGAUCGAAGUCGAUGAAGAUUACGUCUUUGUGAAAACUGAGCGGGAGGAGUGCCCUUGAUGGGGCAUGGACAUGUCAUUCGUAUGACCUGGACAGGCUGGUUUGGGGGUUGGGUUGCCAUCUCACAUAGUUACCUAUAUGUUGUGUGGGCCACGAGCUUGUUUCUACGAGGAAUUGGCCGAGGGAAUAGUUGAAUUGCUCAUCUGCUAUGAGAUGUUAUCAUUCUGGCUGCCAACUACGAAAUUCGGCGUUUGGGGAUGUCAAUCUAGUUUUUAGGGGGGGUGGGUUAACGCUCAUGAUUUUUGCAGCAUGAUCUUUGUAAACUUAUUGCUUGGAUGAUGAUAUUUCGGCGUUCGGAACUUAGGGUUACCUUGGCUUGGUUGAUGGAUCGGGAUACACAGCAUGUAUCAUUGGCAACGUAGUGGUGGUCAAUAUCACUCUUUAAAAAAAUAUUCUAUGAGCAUACCGUGCUUUGCCUAACGUUUAUGACGUCUUUACCUAAGCUAAUAAGAACCCCUUAAUGUAAUAUGCAUUUAAAUCGGCC